AUGUUCCCAGGAAAUUUCUUGUUCUUCACAUCCUUUGGAGGUCAAAGUCCCACAGUGGUCAGUCCAUGGCUGAGGAGCAACAACCCAAACUGCAAAGUGGAGAUGGCCGUUUUCCUCCAGAGAACCGGGAAAUAUUCUCUACGUCUUCAUCCAGACAACGUGGUGAUUUACUCCAUGGAGGCGCCAAGGAUACAGGAGAAAAGCCAAUGGGUGACCAUUGGAGGAGCCGUUGGAUACAGGAUGAAGCCUUUCCGUAUUUCUGUGGAUUACGUGGAUGAGAGGGGCCCGAGCGUGGCCGCUGUGGACUCCUUCACCAUGAGAAACUGCACUAGAGGGAACCCUCCUGGAGUUAAAAUGACUCUGGACGGAUCUUUUCACUGUCGAAGUGGGAUGGAAAUUAAACUGUCUCAGGUCUGCAAUUUCAUCCCUGACUGUGAAGAACGGGAGGACGAGGGUGAUCUGUGUCGAAACCUACCUCCGGGCUUUUAUUGCAUGUUUGAAGACGGCAGCUGCGGGUGGGCAUUGGACCCCAAAACAUCUGACUGGAGGAUUAGCGCCCUGGAAGGCUCCGGAGAUGACUCAGUGCUGAUCCUAAAUACGAGGGAAUCUACAGCUUCCCAGAGCUCCACAAUGACCAACGUUCUGUACCCCUCACCUCUGAAGAACUCCACCUGUGAGCUCCGAAUGUCCUUCCUUCUGGUCGGCUUCUUGUUAGGAGAUGUAUCUGUGCGGCUUCGCGAUAACAGAACCGGCAGAGUCAAGACGCGGACACUUUGGCACUUUGCUAAUGGGGAGGGUCUCGGGGUUUGGCAGCAUUUGGUGCUGUCUCUUCAGGGUGUACUGGAGAGGUUUUGGCUGGAGAUCCACGCGUCCUGGUCCAAGGAAUCAGACUCCAUCAUAGCGUUUGACAACAUAUCUCUGAGCCUGGGCUGUUACCUAACAAGUAACGGGGAGGCGGCCACGCAGACGGUGUCGUACCUCUCAAGUAAUCUUCUGAUGGAGAGCAGCAGCCAGAAGAAAAACGGAACUGGAUGGCCGCACCUAGAGGAAGACUAUAUCCCUACUAUCCAGUCAGCAAAAACAGGUUACUGGUUCUUUACCACGUGCGGUGCCAGCGGCCCCCAUGGACCCAGUCAGAAGCUUUGUGACGAAGCCUAUGAAAACUUCAGCGUGAUUGUGGGAACGGGGAACCUAAAAGGCGUGCAGAUCUGGCGCGUGCCGGAGACCAACAGAUACAGGAUCUCUGGUUAUGGAGCAGCCGGUGGGAUUGGGGUAAAAACCCCUUCUAGGGCGCACGGGACGGCGCUGGUCGGGGUGUUCGAGUUACAGAAGGACGACAUCUUGUACAUACUGGUCGGUCAGCAAGGUGAAGACGCCUGCCCCAGAACCGACCCCGUCCUGAAGAUGGUGUGCAUGGGCGAAAGUAACCAGAUCGAGGAAGAAAUCAGAAUCAAUGGGAGUGUUAGCGAAUGGGCCGGCGGAGGAGGAGGAGGCGGAGGGGCCACUUAUAUUUUCAAGAUGGAGAACGGAAAAUACAUCCCGCUGCUGAUCGCCGCAGGGGGAGGAGGGAGAGCGUACCGGGCGAAAGCCAACAUCAUUCACCCAGAGAGGCUGGAGAGUAACUCCACCAUGCCAGGGGUCAAUGGAAAAUCGGGGGCAGCGGGAGGUGGAGGCGGCUGGAGCGAUCGCACAUCAGUUCCAUGGGCAGGAAAAUCCCUCUUGGAUGGUGGAACUGGAGGGGAAUCUUGUCCACAGGCCAUUACGAAGUGGGGGUGGGAAACAAGAGGGGGUUUCGGAGGCGGCGGAGGCGGGUGCUCCUCAGGUGGAGGAGGUGGAGGAUAUAUGGGAGGUAAUGCAGCAGAAGACAAGAGCCCCGAUGCGGACGGCUGGGAUGGGGUGUCCUACAUCAGCCCUCUGGGAGUUUUGUAUACCCCACCCCUUAAAGUGACUGAAAGCCAUGGAGAAGUGGAGAUAAAACUCAACCUGAACUGCAGCCACUGCGAAAUGGAUGAAUGCUACCUAGACGCGGACUCUGAGGAGCUGACCUGCCACUGCGAGCUGGGACGGGUGCUGGCCGACGACGGGGUGUCCUGUAUCGACGAUCAGAUCCAGCCGGCGCAGGAGACGCAUCUCCCUCUGUCCUUGGUCUUAUCCAUUGUGACAUCGGGGCUCGUGGCCGCCCUCAUUCUGGCCUUCUCCGGGAUAAUGAUUGUUUAUCGGAGGAAGCACCAAGAGCUCCAGGCCAUACAGAUGGAGCUACAAAGCCCAGACUACAAGCUCAGCAAAGUCCGGACGUCCACCAUCAUGACGGACUACAACCCCAACUAUUGCUUCGCCGGCAAGGUCACAUCCAUAGGAGACCUAAAGGAGGUGCCCAGGAAGAACAUCUCCCUGAUUAGAGGUCUGGGUCACGGUGCAUUUGGAGAAGUUUAUGAAGGUCAAGUAUUGUCUGGUCCUAAUGAGCCGCCCCUGAAGGUCGCUGUGAAGACUCUCCCGGAGGUUUGCUCUGAGCAGGAUGAACUGGACUUUCUGAUGGAGGCACUGAUUAUCAGUAAAUUCAACCACCAGAACAUCGUGCGAUGCAUCGGAGUGAGUUUACAGGCCUUGCCCCGCUUUAUUCUGCUGGAACUUAUGGCUGGUGGAGAUCUGAAGUCUUUUCUCAGACAGACGCGACCAAGACUGAACCAGCCCUCGUCCCUUACCAUGCUGGACCUACUCAACGUGGCUCGUGAUAUAGCCAAUGGUUGCCAGUAUCUGGAGGAGAACCACUUUAUCCACAGAGACAUCGCCGCGAGGAACUGUCUGCUCACCUGUCAAGGACCUGGCAGAGUUGCAAAAAUUGGGGAUUUUGGGAUGGCUCGUGAUAUAUACAGGGCCAGUUAUUACAGAAAAGGAGGGUGCGCUAUGCUGCCGGUAAAGUGGAUGCCACCUGAGGCUUUCAUGGAGGGGAUUUUUACAUCUAAGACAGACACGUGGUCCUUUGGGGUCCUCCUCUGGGAGAUCUUCUCUUUGGGCUACAUGCCGUACCCCAGUAAAAGUAAUCAGGAAGUGCUGGAGUUUGUCACCAGCGGAGGGAGGAUGGAUCCCCCCAAAAACUGCCCCGGACCCGUGUACCGAAUAAUGACACAAUGUUGGCAACACCAACCCGAGGACCGGCCGCACUUUUCCAUGAUAUUGGAGAGAAUUGACUACUGCACACAGGAUCCAGAUGUCAUUAAUACAUCGCUGCCUGUAGAAUAUGGGCCACUCGUUGAAGAGGAGGAAAAGGUGCCUACUCGCCCAGAAGAUCCUGAUGUGAUCCCACCCCUCUUAGUGACACCAGAGAAGACAGGAAGGGAAGAAAGACAUGGACUACAGUCUCCACCUCCUGUGCCAACAGUUCGAAAGGUGCCCAAUAAAAUCCACGCUGAACCACAGUGUCGCCCAGAUCCCAGGCAGGUUCCAGAAGGAGGACACGAGAACCAGGUAUUUGCUCAAGCCAAUCAACCUGCAGAGCUACACAGCAGUAGAGGAUCUAGAAACAAACCUACCAAUCUUUGGAAUCCUACCUAUGGUUCAUGGUUCACUGGAAAAACGGUAGACACAAACAUUUCCCCUCCAGAUAAGCCAGUUCCAGAGAGAGAGAAUAUAGUUAAUGAGGGAAGUUGUCCGGCUGCCCCCAGGAUUACUGCCGGUAGACUCCCAGGCUCCUCCGUUCUUCUAGAACCAUCCACACUGACUUCUAACGUUCAGGAAGUGCCUCUGUUUCGCCUGCGUCACUUUCCAUGUGGCAAAGUGAAUUAUGGAUAUCAACAGCAGGGCCUACCUGUAGAAACACCAGUGCCCCCGUGUCCCACUAAACACAAAGACUUUAUCCCUAGGAGCAAGAGUAAUCCAGGUCAGGAGAACGUCUAAUGCCACCUCCUACUGGCGAGAACUUGGGUUAUGAACAAACUUAUCAGAAGAAACACCAAUAUGAGUUUUCUAAUAUGUGCCAAACAUCUCAUUGUCAUUCCAUGAUACGACAAAAUGCCACCACUGAUCACCAAAGUCAUGAUUACCUUGCAGAUGUCAAUUCAUUAAGAUGAGGACCACUC